UGCUGAGAGAAAGGCAUCGUUGCGCCUCCGCUGCUCAGCCUGGCACGAAACCGAAGCUCGCAUGCGUUGAAAACCAACGGCAUAACUUAUGUAGCGUUACAGCCAUUCACCAUGCCUCACGAGACCUGGUUUUCUGCCAGACUCUUAAAUAUGCGGCGACAGAUAUAACGAAAUUCAUAUUGUUCGUUUUGAAGACAUUUUUUCUCUCUUUGCUGCGGAGAAUAACGUUAUUUUGUGUGCUCUCAUUGACAUUCCCCUCAGACGGGGUUUAACGCAGCGAGAGCGUUACUCGCUAUGUGUUUAACGGCGAGGCAGUUGGCGUUACUUCGCUGGUAACGGUCGAGUCCAAAAAGUGCACAUAAAUGUCACAGUUUCGGAUUUUGACUGAUACAAACGGUGGAUGCGGCGAGGAAAACCCCCGUGUGUGACCACAGCGGACUCCGGGAGCGGAGGGCAUGAAGUCGGUCAGCGGUUUUAAGUGGAAUUUGUCGCCGAGCUUUUGGAUUAUUUAUCCAGAGAUGGUUCUGGUUCCAGUACUGUGGUUUCUAUCGCAGGCUCGAGCGGCGCCCUCGCUGACGGCCGAGCAGAUGGACAUGGGGGUGGAUUGGCUGAGUAAGUUCGGCUACCUUCCACCAGCUGACCCUGUUACUGGGCAGCUGCAGACCAAGGAGGCACUGACCAAGGCCAUUAAAGCCAUGCAGCGGUUUGGAGGGCUGGAGGAGACCGGUGUGCUUGACCAAGCCACCCUAGGCCUAAUGAAGACCCCACGUUGUUCACUGCCAGACAUAUCUGCACCAGAGACUGUUACUGGCAGGAGGAGACGGGCACUGGCUCCUCAGAACAAAUGGAACAAGAGACACCUGUCCUGGAGAGUGCGGACAUUUCCUAAGGAGUCUGCUCUGCUGGGGAGGGACACAGUUCGAGCUCUGAUGUACUACGCGCUGAAGGUGUGGAGUGACAUUGCACCAUUAAACUUCCAUGAAGUGGCGGGAAAUGAGGCAGACAUCCAGAUCGACUUCACCAAAGCGGACCAUAACGAUGGCUACCCAUUUGAUGGCCCUGGUGGCACCGUGGCCCACGCCUUCUUCCCAGGAGAGCGUUUCACAGCUGGGGACACACACUUCGAUGAUGAUGAGGCCUGGACCUUCAGGUCUCCAGAUUCUCAUGGGAUGGACUUGUUUGCUGUGGCGGUACAUGAAUUUGGCCAUGCCAUAGGGCUUGCCCAUACAUCUGCCAUUGAGUCCAUCAUGCGACCAUACUACCAAGGCCCUGUAGGCGACCCGCUCAAAUACGAUCUCCCUUACGAAGAUAAGGUCAGAGUCUGGCAGCUAUAUGGUGUACGGGACUCGGUCUCUCACACCAUCCGUCCAGAUGACCCUUCACGUACUGCUGACCCACCUGUCCUGCUGGACCUACCAGAGAAUAGAUCCACCGUGCCACCAGCGCGAGAUGCCCCUGACAGAUGCACUGGUCACUUUGAUGCAGUGGCCCAGAUCCGAGGCGAGGCCUUCUUUUUUAAAGGAAAAUACUUUUGGCGUCUGACACGGGAGAGGCACCUAGUGUCCUUGAGACCAGCUCAGAUUCACCGUUUCUGGAGGGGUCUGCCAGCCAACCUGGACAGCAUAGAUGCCAUAUAUGAGAGACCUGGAGACCAUAAAAUUGUCUUCUUCAAAGGAGUGAAAUACUGGGUGUUCAAGGACAACAUCGUGGAGGAAGGCUAUCCACGGCCGAUCAGUGAUUUUGGACUGCCCAUGGAGGGUGUGGAUGCUGUCUUUGUCUGGCUGCAUAAUGACAAGACCUAUUUUUUCAAGGACAACCGUUACUGGCGCUAUGACGACCAUCUGCGACACAUGGACCAGGGCUACCCUAAAGACACUUCAUUAUGGAAAGGGAUUCCGGCUCAGCUCGACGAUGCCAUGCGCUGGUCUGAUAGUGCCUCAUACUUCUUUAAAGGGAAGGAGUACUGGCGGGUUGCUGGCAGUGAUAUGGAGGUAGAGGCCAGUUACCCGCGCCCCAUUGGUAAAGACUGGCUGGUGUGUGCAGACAUGCAGUCGGACUCUCCAGAAACACAGAAUAAUGGGACAGGCGUGCGGCUCCCUGGUCAGCACCAUGUGGACCAUGCAGAGAAUGGCUACGAGGUGUGCUCCUGUACCUCAGACUCAGGCUCCCCUGCUGGGCUGCGACUACAGCUCUCGCCCGCCUGGCUGCUCGCACCACUCUGGAUGCUGUCAUGGACACUCUCAUCUGUCUCACUCUGAUGAGGGCCAUGCCACAGGCCUGUGCUGACACGGACACACACACACAGACUGGACACACAGCAGCCUGUGGGCUCAGACAGCUGUGAGGAAUGCUGGCCCCUGGCCUGAAUGGAAUUGAUACUUCAGUCAGUGAAGGAUUUACCCGCUUACACAGCUUUUUGUUGUGUUUAUUUCUUUUUUUUUUCUUUUUUUUACUAAAACUGGAACUGUUUAUCAUUAUUGUUGUUAGUAUUAUUAUUAUUCCCAUCAUUUUUGUGUAUUGAAAUUAUUUUGUGUGCCUCAAAACAGGUUAAUUUCAAGCACUUUGCGUGUCAAAUAUAAUAUACUUUAAGAUUUCAUACCUUGAACAUAUUCACCAUAUGAAGUUUGAAGUUUUAUUAAAACUUGUAACGAAGCUGAUUAAUAAUGAUGGUGAUAGUUAUAGUAGUAAUAUUACAAUAGCUCAGGAGGAAAGGCAAAAAAUCUCUGAAUGGGGCUCCCUGCUGUCUGCAGUGUCAGUGAGAGGCAUCAUGGGACACCAUGCAUCAGUGGCCUCUCAUCACUCUCAUCACUUCAAGUGCUUUAACUACCCUAUCACUCAGUGUCCAUCACCACUGACCCAGGCCUUUAUCCUCUGGAAGCAUUGACUUUCACUUCUUACUCUGUCCUUCUCCUCAUCUUGUAACUCAACUCUCUUUAUCUGUCACUGACUCUCAGAGAACACAAGGCCUCCACCUCAUCAAUACUACACUGUAAAAAAAGUCAUCUCACCUUAAAAUUGUCAGGUAACUGAUUAUACAGCUUUUCUUGAGUUAACUCAACUUGACAACACUAGUGCUCAACCAGCUCAAAUGGUGUUUUGCCACCGGACAGUACGGUACAGCAUGGUCUGGUUAAAAAUAUGAACCCAGAAAUACUCGCACCCUGCUCUAAUACACAUGUCUGAACCGUGAAAGCAGGCAAAGACCUCUAGCUUUUGUGGUCAGAUAAAUUCUCACAUGAAUCUCUUGUUAACAGUGAACACAACAGUAGCAACAAUGGAGGAGAUUUAAGCUCUAAUUUCUUUUUAUUAAAAUAAAUGUAUUUUCAAAUUUUAAUUUAUCACAGACAGCAAUUCUAGCUUUCUAGUGUUUUUUUGAACAGUCAUCUAACAUUGUGUGACGGUUGCGUUUGAUCAGUCAAUGCUUUGCACUAUUACUAGCUCCACACGUCCUGGCUAGGCAUGCUUGGUACCCCAGCAAGAAAGUUCAGCACAGGUACUCAAGGGCAGUAUGGGUAAUUUGUAAAUAACAAGAAAUUACAUUAUCACAGAUUUAGAAAAAAAAAAAUUAACAUCUGAUCUAAUUUCAUUCUUUUAAUCAUUAUUCAACCCUUACAUAAUAAUGCAAGACACAAAUUACCGUUAACUUACUGUAUGAUGUUCAAUUCAAAUUUUAGGUCAACCUGAAACAAAUUCUUGAAGAGAACCUGAAAAAUGUAAGAUUUAUAGAUGCCACAGCCUGUAUAACUGGGAGCUCAGGCGGGGGAAGUGCCUGGAGGGAUUGUGGGAUGGAAAGCGAGUAGAGAGCAUAUUUUGUUUUGUUUACCUGCCUGAGAAAAUUUUGACAAAGCUAAAAGUAUGAUUUGGGUGAACUCAGGUCGAGUUAACUCAAGAACAGCUGUGUAAUCAGUUACCUUGUAAUGUAAAGUUCAGCUGACUUUUCAUUGUUUACAGUUUAGUUACUGAUAAAUAUUCAUUUCUGAAUUGUGUAUUUUUGUAAGAAACAGUAUUUUGGAGCUAAGUCAUUGCAGGCAUGCUUGAUCUUGGAUUCACAAUGCCUUGGUUACCACAGCUAUAAAUGUUUUCCAGCAUUGAUUAUGAAGGGAAUCGAGAAUUUUUUUUCUGGUUCCAGUCUUUCUAACUUGUGUUCAGGCAAGAAGGCAUUUUUAGUAAUACAGUUCUGUAUCCUGGAGCGACUAGAGGGAUGUUUGAGUCAGGCACCAUGGGCCUGCUGAGAGUGCACUCACCUCACACUUGGACUUAUGAUUGCUAAAAAUAUUUACUUAUAUACUAUAUAUAUAAAUAUACAGAUAUAUUUAAGGUGAAAGGUUCCAUGGCAGUUGCAAAAAAGUAAAUCCCAAACUGUCUUUUUUUAAGGGCCAAAUAUUUUUGUAGAAAAAUAAAGAGGAAAAGAAUAGUGAA